AUGGCUUUUGUGUUCAGAAGAUGGAGGGUUCUACUGCUGCUCAACGUGCUGGCCGUGGCCGGAUUCAUGACCUUCUGGGCCAGGUGCAACACGCGCGGCCCCCCGGAGGCUCCGGCCGGGGGGGGGGGGGCGGCGGCCCCGGGCCAACGGCACCGCGCCGGGGCCCGGAGUCAGCCACGAGAUCCUGCUGAAGAGGCUGAGCUCGCUGGAGGAUGUGGUGUACCGGCAGCUGAACGAGAUCUUGUGCAGGUUUCCUCUGAGAGGUUCUCUGACCGCUCUCCUCUCCGCAGAUGCAGGAAGGUCAGCUACCCCCGGGACCUCCCCCAGAUCUCCCUCAUCUUCAUCUUCGUCAACGAGGCCCUGUCGGUGAUCCUGCGCUCGGUCCACUCGGCGGUCAACCACACGCCGGCCCACCUGCUCAAAGAGGUCAUCCUGGUGGACGACAACAGCGACGACGAGCAGCUGAAAGCCCCCCUAGACGAGUACGUGAACAAGCGCUACCCUGGGUUGGUCAAGAUCGUGAGGAACCAGAAACGAGAGGGACUGAUCCGGGCCCGGAUCGAGGGCUGGAAGGCGGCCACCGCCGAGGUGACGGGGGCUGAACCGGUUCUGGCCAGAAUAAAGGAGGACCACAAAAGGAUCAUCCUGCCCUCCAUCGACAACAUCAAGCACGACACGUUCGAGGUGGAGCGCUACGAGAACUCGGGCCACGGCUACAACUGGGAGCUGUGGUGCAUGUACAUCAACCCCCCCAAGCAGUGGUGGGACGAGGGGGACAUGACUCCUGCCAUGAUUGGCUGCUCCUUCGUGGCCAACCGGGACUACUUUGGAGAGCUGGGCCUGCUGGACUCGGGGAUGGACGUCUACGGGGGGGAGAACAUCGAGCUGGGCAUCAGGGUGUGGCUGUGCGGGGGGAGCAUGGAGGUGCUGCCCUGCUCCAGGGUGGCUCACAUCGCCCGGCUGAAGAAGCCCUACCACAGCAACAUCGCUUUCCACACCCGCAGGAACGCCCUGCGCGUGGCCGAGGUCUGGAUGGACGAGUACAAGUCCAACGUCUACCUGGCCUGGAACAUCCCAAUGGAGAACCAUGGGAUUGAUUACGGAGACGUGUCGCAGAGGGUCUCUCUGAGGAAGAGUCUGCAGUGCAAGAGCUUCCAGUGGUACCUCGACAACGUUUACCCAGAGAUGAGGCGCUACAACAACACGGUGUUCUACGGCGAGAUCCGAAACUCUAAAGUAAGCCACCUGUGCAUGGACCAGGGCAUGAAGGAGAACCACACAGCCACCCUGCACCCCUGCCACGGGUGGGGGCCCCAGCUGGGCCGCUACACCCGGGAGGGCCAGCUGUUCCUGGGCCCCCUGGGGAGCACGGGCGAGGACACCCGCUGCGUGGUGGACGACCAGGCCGGCAGCUUCCCGCAGCUCCUCAACUGCGACAAGGUGGCCAACGUCAAGCAGAAGACCUGGAACUUCUCCCAGAACGAGGCGCUGGUGAACCGGGCCACGGGCCGCUGCCUGGAGGUGGUGCCGGCCAACGUGUACUUCGGCCACCUGCUGGUCCUGCAGCCCUGCUCGGGCCAGAGGUGGACCAUCAGGAACGCCAUGAGGCCGUAGCCGGGCCUCUGAUUGGCCGAGGGACGAGGCGGAGUUCCCCCAAUCUCGGCAGAGACUCGGAGCCACGAGGUGCCGGGAGGAGGCCGGGUCCGGAACGGGUUUCCGACUAAAGGCACAUCCCCCAAAAAAAGUCUAAUUUCGCAUGAGGACCGCGGCUCUCUGGGGGUUUGCAAACUUUAGAUGUGGUGUCGUCAUAAUUCCUGUGUGUGCUUCUUCUCUGCCGUGUUUUUUUUAUUUUUAUUUUCUAGGGUUAAGAAAAGAGAGAUUCAGCCAACCAAAACUGACUUAGGGGGGGGUAUUUCAUCCUCAAUGUCUCUGCUAUACCUCAUCUGUGUCAUGUAACGUCUAAGGUGUGAAUACAGUAAGAUCUCACAUCAGAGAUAUGGGCUGAUGUGGAGUUAGAAUCAUAAUUUCAGCAUAAAAGGUUCAUAAAAGGCAUGAAUCCAACACAAAUGCCCACAGAAGGCUUUUCUUUUUUUUUUUUCCUGAGUCGUCAGAAUGAUAGAUACUGUAAAUAGUUAUAGGUUGAAAAAGGCAUGGACCAUGAAUAUCGGUGUAUUCAAAUCUAUUUUUUUGCAGUUUAAAAACAAAAAAAAAGAAGCCAGGAGGGUGUUUGUCUACAGGAUGUCUGGGUUUUGUUCCUCUUGUAGCAUGACUGUAAGCACAUUGGGGACAGAGUUCGGUCCGGUUCGGUCAGUCCUUUUAGGCCGCCGGGCGCCAUGACGACGGCGGCCCGCCAAAACCAAUGAAGCACUUUUCAGGACAACAGACCCGAUUUGGGAAUUGGAAAAAACCGGCACGAGCGGCCGGACGGCUGCCAUGGCGACGGGCCUCGGGGGCCGGAAGCAUCGAAAAAAAACCGACGUGUGUAUGAUGUCAUGUGUUUUGAUUCAGUGUUACCGGUUGAGUUUUUUCUUGCUCCUGGGAUUGUCUUCCAAAUAAAACAACUUGUUUCCGGGUUGUGAAUUGCAACCGGUUUGGAUCAGUUUUGAAGCUUUUCUUGAAAGACCACUACUCUGUUACUUUUCUGACAGGUAAAGGACUACAUUUCCAGCUCGUGGACUUAAAAAUACUCAUCCUGUGAGCUCUCACUAUUUCCUCCGUCUAAAGCUGGAAUAAAUGCAUGAGAUGUAAAUGCGCCGGGAGGAGCCUGGAGGGAACACAAGGCCCUGCUUCUUGCAGAGAGCUGCUCGGCUCAGUUUUUGCAUGUUAACACCACCCAGUGAAUGCUGAUCAGAGACCCAGAGACGCCCCUGCUCAUCGUCUGCCGGUUCAAAUCCUGCCAAACGCUCCUCGACCGUUAUUACAACAGUAUUCAAUUCAAUUUUAUUUCUAUAGCGCCACAUCACAACAGCAGGUAUCUCCCGGCUUUCCAAAC